GAUACUAAGGAGAAUCCACUGCCACUCUUUUACCAUUUUUCUCUUUUCCUCCGAGUUAACUCGCUCCAGCCUGACUCACCGAGUCAUGGCGCUUCUCAGGCCUCACCUUCAUCGCUUCCACUCCAACGCUCUCCACCAAUCAGCCCCUCAUACUAAAUCAACCGCCGACGCUGGCGGUGGACUUGUCGUCUACCCCACCUAUGGUCGUCGUCGUCGUCACCGUUGCUCCGCGAUUGCGAUCGACGCUCCGUCGUCUCUCGCCGGCGUGACGCCAAUCCGGUGGGGGUACACGAGCGUUCAAGGGUUCAGGGAGGAGAUGGAGGACGACAUCGUCAUCCGCUCGGAAGCGCUCGACAGCUUCUCCUUCGCCGCGGUUUUCGACGGCCACGCUGGAUCCUCCUCUGUUAAGUUCCUCAGGGAGGAGCUGUACAAGGGAUGUGUUGAGGCGUUGCAAGUUGGAUCUUUGUUGAAAGGUGGUGACUUUGGUGCGAUCAAGGGAGCUUUGGUCAAGGCCUUUGAGAGCGUGGAUCAGAAUCUGCUCAAAUGGCUAGAAACAAAAGGUGAAGAAGAUGAGUCUGGUUCAACGGCUACUGUGAUGCUCAUUAGAAAUGAUGUUUCCUACUUUGCACAUAUUGGGGAUUCUUGCGCUGUCUUAUCUCGAUCUGGACAAAUCGAGGAGUUGACUGAUUCUCAUCGUCCAUAUGGAAGCAGUAAGGCAGCUGUUCAGGAAAUGAAGAGGAUCAAAGAUGCAGGUGGAUGGAUUGUCAAUGGAAGGAUUUGUGGAGACAUAGCUGUAUCUCGUGCUUUUGGUGACAUCCGGUUCAAGACAAAGAAGCAUGAGAUGUUAAAGAAGGGUGUCGAUGAAGGAAGAUGGUCCGAGAAGUUUGUCUCGAGAAUCGAGUUUAAAGGGGACAUGGUUGUCGCAACUCCGGAUAUCUACCAAGUGCCUCUUACAUCAGAUGUGGAGUUUAUUAUUUUAGCUUCUGAUGGACUGUGGGACUACAUGAAGAGCAAAGAUGUGGUUAGCUUCGUAAGGGAACAGCUCCGAGAACAUGGAAAUGUCCAGCUUGCUUGUGAAGCUCUUGCGCAAGUUGCUUUGGACCGGAGAUCAGAGGACAACAUCAGCAUCAUCAUAGCUGAUCUAGGAAGAACAGAGUGGAAGAAGCUCCCGGUGCAGCGGCAAAACAUGGUGGUUGAACUGGUUCAGGCGGCAGCCACUGUGGGAAUAGUCACUGUUGGCAUAUGGAUGACUUCUCUUCUCUCUUAGAGUAAAAUGGAACAUCCAAUAUCCUUCCUUCCUUAGUGUAUAUAAAACAUGUAACUAUGUCAAACUCUCUAGCCUUCUCUUAGAGAUGGAGAUUACCUCGCAGUUGGUAACUCACCAAAGUACAUGUAAAAUCUCUGGAGUAAAUGCUUAGUGUAAAGAAAAAAAAUUCACUCCAACAUAAAAGCAAAUACUUAUACGGACUAUCAACUUCCGUUUAUAUCC